GAAGAAGCUAAGAUAUGAUGAUAAGACCACUCUAUCGCAUAAGAAAUGCUUAACUUGUCGCCCUCUGCCUCUUUUCUCGUGAUCUUUCCGUCAUUAGUCGUCUCUCUGAAAUGGCUUUGAAAGACGAACUUGCGCUGGUUUCCCAGUAUCGUAACGCCUAUGUAUUGGCUUUCUCGGCAGCGAUGGGAAGCGUUUUCUACGGAUGGGACAUCGGUCUCAUUGGCGGUGUUCUGUCUCUUGCGUCCUUCCAAGAAUAUUUCGGCUUAGACAAAGCAUCUGCAUCCGUCAAAGCUGACCUGAGUGGUAACAUCGUAUCUGUAUUACAGGGUGGAUGUUUCUUCGGAGCGCUCGCCAUGGGCUACUUCUCUGGCCGCUUUGGACGCAAGCCUUGUCUGAUUGCAUCCGGAAUUAUAUAUCUCAUUGGCAGCUUGAUCCAAUCCAUCGUUGGACUCGGAAGUUCUCAGAAAGUUGGUCUCCGUGUCCUGUACUGCAGCCGAUUUGUGGGUGGCGUAGGUGUUGGAAUGGUUUCGGCCCUCGUUCCGGCAUAUAUUUCAGAAUGCACUCCAGGAGCUAUUCGGGGAAGAUGUACGGGAAUGAUCCAACUUGCGAACAAUAUUGGGAUCAUGCUUAGCUUCUGGGUCAACUAUAGCGCAUCGAAGGAUAUACCUCGUGGAGAGAUACAAUGGCGCGUGCCUUUCAUCGUGCAGAUGGUUCCUGGAGUCCUUUUCACCAUAGCCAUCUUGUUCCAACCGGAAUCACCGCGAUGGCUAGUCGAGCACCGACAGUAUGACCGUGCUGCCCGAACGCUCGCCUUUGUUGCAAGAAAAUCGGUUGAGGAUGAAUCGGUUCAAGAAACGCUGGACGAGAUCAAGAGCGAUUUCGAGGGUAAACAGAAGCUGCCUUUGCAAAGUCAGUUUCUGCUAAUGGGGGAGUCGCGGUCCACGGCCUUGCGUUGCUUUAUUCCUUCUUUGGUCAUGUUCUUCCAGCAAUGGACAGGUACAAAUGCCAUCAAUUACUUCAGCCCUCAGAUAUUUGCAAGUCUUGGAAUAUCGGGCACCACCUCUGGCCUUUUUGCUACAGGCAUCUACGGCGUCGUGAAGGUUGUCGCGGUCGCUACCGUACUGGUCUUCGCCGUUGAAGGCAUAGGGAGAAAGAGAUGCUUAAUAAUCGGCGGAAUAGGGCAAGCCGCAACGAUGCUCUGGAUCGGUGGGUACAGCGCCAUUCACACCUCUGGGGCUGUGGUUCCCGCGAGCUACGUCUCCAUCGUCGCUGUGUACCUCUACGCUGUGGCCUACUGUGUCGGCUUUGGGCCUCUUCCAUGGGUAGUUGCUGGGGAAGUUGCCCCUAAUCACCUUCGCACCGUUGCACUGUCUCUCGCCAUCGGCGUCAACUGGCUCUUUUCUUUUACGAUCUCAAAACUCACACCUAUUAUGCUAAAUGAGAUUACCUACGGCACCUUCCUUCUUUUUGGUCUCUGCUGCGUUAUCAUGACGAUAUGGGCAUAUGCGUUCCUUCCGGAAACGUCUGGAUAUGCCCUGGAAGACAUAAAGUACCUGUUUGAAAAAGAUGUUAUCCUUCGGGCAUUGCAGGAUGCUCCCGGAGGUACCAUUUUCCUCCAAGGGAAGAGAGCGGUCCCUUUGGAGGAACGUGUUGCCCAGGACGCUCGCCGUUCAUUGUAUAUUGACGAUAGUGAAGCCAUUCGAAAAUCCCCUGAAGAGGAGAUAACUGUGGAGCCUCGCAUCUAAUGUAGCUAGACCGCAACUUAUGUCAUAUAUUGAAGUCCGCCCGCAAUGGUAAACAAGGA